AUAUGUAUUUGAUUCACUCUUUUUUUAUACCCUGGCACUUUUUGCACCCCCUUCUCUUUUGGCAACUGGAUCCUCCAAGAUACCCAGAAUCAAACCAUUCUAAUCCAUUACUGCUUCAACAAUUUAAUACAUAUAUCAAACUUCCUCUAUAUAUUUCUGUUAAAUCUCUACAUGAUCAUGCAAUUUUUGGCGCGACAUUAAUGAGAAUGUGUAGUUGUCAGCGACCAAUUUGCCACGCGACGAUCGGAAACGCCGUAGAGGAUGCGACAGCGGAAAACGGUACUGCAGUCAAUGUAGAAUCGGAAGAACUUCUCUUCGUUCCGCCGUUGAAUUUCGCGAUGGUAGAUUACGGGGUUUUUCGAUCCGGCUUCCCCGACUCGCCUAAUUUCCCGUUUUUGAAAACCCUAGGCCUUCGUUCAAUCAUAUACUUGUGCCCAGAGCCCUAUCCUGAAGCAAAUAUGAAAUUUCUCAAUGCAAACGGCAUUAGGCUUUUUCAGUUCGGCAUAGAAGGAUCCAAGGAACCAUUUGUAAAUAUCCCUGAGGAUUUGAUUCGUGAUGCAUUAAAGUUGGUGCUGGAUGCACGGAAUCGUCCACUUCUCAUUCACUGCAAAAGGGGGAAGCACCGAACUGGUUGCCUUGUUGGGUGCUUAAGAAAAUUGCAGAAUUGGUGCCUGUCCACGAUUUUUGACGAGUAUCUGAGAUAUGCAGCUGACAAAGCUAGACUUGCAGACCAGAGAUUCCUGGAACAGUUUGACAUUUCGAGCUUGAAGCAGUCUCCACCAUCAUUUUCAUAUUCAAAGAGUUAGAAAGUUGACGACUACUCUACCUAUGCAAGAAUCACACACCUCGCUCUCCAACCUGCUCCUUCAAGAGGACAAAAAGGAAAAAAGGAAAAGAAUUUUCAUUUCAUAUGAGAGAUUAUACAUUGUUUGACUUAUAGACGAAUAAAGUAUAAACAGCCCUUUGACCCCAUCAAUAUGAAUUCCUGUUUUUAUUUGUACAUUCUUCACCUCUCGACCAUCACUUCUUUUUACCUAGAAAUCUUGCUUGCUUAUAAAUUUUUGCGCGUUUUGUGUUGAUAGAAGUGUUGUUUACACCUCUUUUGUUGAACUUUCUACGGGGAUUUGAUUAGGUAUGAAUUUGUAUCUCGAAUCCUUUAUAUUUGGGAAGCCCAUUAGUAUUUAUUCCUACAAGAAUAUGUCAACUGACUUGUAA